UUCUUCCAGCAACAUCAGUGAAGAGGAAUAUGUCCCAGAAUCUUCAGGUGAUGACAGUUCGGAUAGCUUACCCUUAAACCCACCCAAAGGACGACAGAAAAAACGUACAAAAGUCCAGGAAAAGAAUGGUUGGGAGGCAAAUUCCAGACAAAACAGUUCCAUUGAUGACGGACUUGACUUACAGAAAAAAAAAGAGGAUACAGAUUCUGAAUCCUCAUCUCCAAAAGGGAAAAAAAUCAGACACACUUACGGCAUAAAACAAAAUACUGAACAUGAUCAGUCUUCAACAAAUGACAAUUCUCUUGUUGUUGGACAUGUUGCUACAGUAGACGGGUUAAAAAAAUAUCACCAGAAGAGAAACUAUUGUCUUUUCUGCCAGAAAUCUCAAACAAAAAUUUCACGUCAUCUGGAACGCUCUCACCAAAAGGAGGUAGAGGUUGCUGCUGCAGUCAUGUAUCCAAAAAGGUCUAAAAAACGGAAGGAUCUUCUAAAUCUCCUUCGUAAGCAAGGAAAUAGGGCUCACAACAUUGAGGUACUAAAAAAUGGAGAAGGGACACUGGUACCUUGCAGACAACAAAUUGACCAACAUGCCAGCCCAACAGAAUAUCAACACUGUUUUGCUUGCUUUGGACUAUUUAAGCGAAAGGCACUUUGGAAGCAUGCAAAACGGUGCGUACUAGCUGAAAAGAUUCGCAAAACGUUGCCGGGAAAAACAAGAAUCCAGAGCCUCUGUGCUGGUGCUCAGCCAGUUCCGAAAGAAGUCAACAAGAAGGUAUGGGCUCUUGUUAAUAGAAUGACGCAAGGUGAGAUUGUGCAGGCAAUAAAAGAGGACAUUUAUAUCAUGAAAGUUGGAGAAAAAAUGUACAACAGACAGCGCGAAUCUGCUUCUCAACAUGACAACAUCCGUCAGACAUUGAGAGGCCUUGGGAGACUGCUAGUUGUAGGAAGGAAGGUGACCCCGCUGAGGAAAAUAGCAGAUUAUAUCAACCCUAAAAACUUCCAUCAUUUCAUUCGUGCCGUCAAAGAAGUAACAGGAUAUGAUGAAAAUAUUAACAAGUUUGAGAAACCAACUUUAGCCACAAAGCUGGGUCAGAGCAUACAAAGAGUGGCCGACAUAAUCGAGGCUGAGGCUCUCGUUUCCCAGAGUAAUGAAAAGAAGAUGCACGUCCAGGAGUUCAGACGCAUGUACACUCUUAGCUGGAACGAGCUGAUCUCUUCUGCUGCAUACCGUACACUGGAAGAAAACAAAUGGAACAAACCGAAGCUGAUCCCGUUAGCAGAUGAUGUGAAAAAGAUGCACAUUUAUAUGACUAACAAACAGAAAGAGGACUAUGAGCAGCUGUCUAAAAAGAAAACACCAAAGAAUUGGAGUAAUCUUGCUAAAGUAACAUUAGCACAGAUUAUUCUUUUUAACAGAAGAAGAGAGGGAGAAGUCUCUAAUAUGUAUUUGGAAACAUAUGUUGCCAGGGACAGCUCUCCACUUAAUGAGGAUGUUGCAGAAGCACUUUCAGAGUUGGAAAAAAUGCUGUGCCACCACUUUGAACGAGUGGAAAUAAGAGGGAAGCGAGGCAGAAAGGUGCCCAUCAUCCUUACUCCAGCUAUGGUCAAAUCGCUGGAGCUACUUGUGACUUCCAGAGACUUGUGUGGUGUGGUUGACAACCCAUACUUAUUCGCCAGGCCAGGAUUUGAGACAAGACUAAGGGGGUCUGACUGCAUCCGUGAGUUGGCAAGAAGUUGUGGGGCCCAAAAGCCUGAAGCUUUCUCCUCAACAAAAUUGAGAAAACAAGUGGCCACUCUGUCCAGAGUGUUAAACCUUAAUGACACUGAACAAGACCUACUUGCAGACUUUCUGGGACAUGAUAUCAGAGUACAUAGAAAGUUCUAUCGGCUCCCAGAAGGGACUUUACAUCUGGCAAAGAUUAGCAAGGUACUGAUGGCCUGUGAACAAGGCAGAUUGGCAGACUUCAAAGGGAAAAGUCUUGACCAGAUCUCUAUCAGCCCCCAAGAUGGAACAGAAGCUCUUGAAGAAAGCUCUGGGUUGUCAUCUGAAGAUGAAGAGCAAAAAGAUAAUCCAACAGUUGGAGAAGAGGAGGGCACCUCAAAGCAGCAGCUUGAAGACGAGCAAAGCUCAGAAGAGUUGUCGGUGACUGAAGACAGAGGGAGCACCCCAAAGAACCUUCAACAAAACAGGGCCUUGAGAGGAAGAGCGUCAGUAGCCAGAGGGAAAAAGGACACCUCCAAUCAUCAUCAGGAGGAAGAGAAAAGCUCAGAAGAAGAGUUAUCGGUGACAAAAGACAGACAGAGUACCUCAAAGUGGCAGUUUGGACGAAAAACAGCCUCUAGAGGAGGAGCUUCAGUGACUCAGGACAAGAAGGGCACCCCACAGCAGCUGGACAACAAGCAAAGCCCACAAAGAGAAAGAAAGCCAAAACGGAUGUGGUCAGAAGAGGAGGUACAGGCAGUUGAAAAGUCUUUGAUGAGAUUCAUCAGAAUGGGUAAAACACCAGGUAAAAAGGACUGCGAGAUGUGUAUUUCAGCCGCAGACGAAGCGCUGGCCCAGAGAGACUGGAGGGCAGUGAAGUUCUAUGUUCACAAUAGAAUAGUUUCAGAAGGAAGGCUUUAGUUUAUGACUUCUUUUAGGUUCAUUAUGUUAUUAAUGUCAAUAAUGUAGGCAUUCACAGUUAAUGUUCUUUAGCACAUUUUAUUUAAUUGUAUUUUUUAUUGUAUGCUUCUCCAGCUCAUUUUUCUAAGCAAUGCUUUUAUUGAUUUUGCUCUAAAUGCUGUAGGCAGCAAUUUGAAAAAAAUGAUACUAUUGUGGCAUGUUACUCUUUGCUAUUUAUUCAUGGUAGAUGCUGUAAGCAUUAACACGAUAUUCAAUAUUUUCAUGGUAGAUGCUGUAAGCA